CUUGGAUUGUGCAGGCAGAUUGAGCAUUCCUCCAGCCAAUAUUGCGAGGAUCGCAUGUUAGGAUUGAGGUCUUCAAGACAUGCUAUCUUAAAUGGGCAAAAGAGUCUUGGAAUUUGCAUGCUUUGGGCUUGGACAUUAUAAUGCAUUGGCGCAGACAAUUAAAUAUACUCAGUCGGCACUGCCAGAUUUCUAGGCACACCUCUGCAACGACCUGCACACUGCACCCACGGGACAAAUUGUGGACAAGCCAAAGAGUUGACCUGCUGGUCGGAAAGACGUCAUUUGAUACAUUGUUCAUGGAUGUUCACAUCUAAUCUCAGCACUGCUUGAAAAGUAAGGGAGAGCUUUUGUGGCUCAAGACUUUGAAUCUUCUUCCACUGCUCUACAGCUCUACGCUCCGCUUUGUAUCAUGGACAAUGCACAAUACCAAGACAUGGGAUCAGGUGCCACGUUCCGUCGCACGGCAAGGGAAUCGACUAUUCGUGCCAACAUGUUUGCAAUCGAAUGUGCUGCUGUGCUAAUUCUCUACUGGUACUUUCUGCAGUCAUACGUGAGUUGGAAACGGUGCAGCCUGUUACUGCUUUUUGGCAUUGUUUACAUGGCUCGCUUGAAUAUCAUGGCUCGGUGGCUUCUGCCUCGUGAGUUGGCAAUGGAAGAGUUGACAGUGGUCAUUGCGUGGAUUGCUUGUAUUCUGUCUUCAAUCAGCAUUGGGGCUGCCUGCCGGGGCGAGAUUAGCUUUCUCCAGUUUUGGCUUGCUCUUGUUUUAUAUAGCUUUGGUUCCUGGUUAAAUAGCUGGUCUGAGUUGCAACGCAAAUGGUGGAAGGCCAAGCCAGAGAACAAGGGCCGCUGCUACACACUUGGCUUGUUUGCUUGGAGCCGAAACAUCAACUACUUUGGAGACGUGAUUCUAUUUGCGGGGUGGGAAGCCUACCUCUCAGAACGCUACAAGUCGGAGUGGCCAGGAUACGUUUCAAGUACAAAGUCCUUUAUUCCUUUCGUAUGUUAAGCUUUCAACCGGAUGAGACUGCAAAUCGAGAGGAUCAUUCACUCAGCCUGAGCUUGUGGUUGCAAAAGCUGCAGUCCCUUAGUUGACCACUGCUACCUGAUAUAUACAGUGAUUCCUUGUCUUUGUGGUCCCUGCUGAAUCCCUGUCACAAAGCUACUACGCCCAGAGAUGCUGAGCGAUGCUGAGCCUUUAGCUCAGGAGCUUAGCUUUGCCUCCUUUUUUGACGUUCAAUCAAGCCAAAGACCGCUAAUCUGGUUUGUAGUUGAG